AUGGUCGAGACCCAAUCAGCAGUCGGUAUCUACUUCGGCGACAAGAACUGCUACAACAUUUCCUAUCUGCUCGACUCGGCCUUUGAUCGCCAUAAAAGCCAGGCUACUGAGCCGUGGCCUGCGUUUGUGACCGAGAUCAAGCGCGCCUGGGUAAGGAGAGCAGAUGCCGGGGAAAACUUGCCUCUGAACCAACUUGUGAGCAAAUCGGAUUCGGAGUAUCUUGUGCGCGGCAUCACCGACUGGAUUUCUAAAUGGAAGAAUAAUGGCUGGCUGUAUUGCAAGCGUCAGCCUGUAGCGAAGGCGCCGCUGUUCAAGUUGAUUGAGCUGUAUAUCGGGAGGCUUGAACGGGGAAAAAAAGUCGUUGUCAAGUUCUGGAUGGUGCCCAGGGCCCAGAAUAAGGAGGCCAAUUGCUUGGCUAAAAUGGCGCUGAUGAAACAUUCCACCAGGCAAAGAACGCUGGGUGACUGA